AUGCUACCACCAGUACCAUCACCAGCGGACUAUGGCAUCUCGCCAGAGAAUGGAUUUCUCCCGACAGAGCCUCCAAUCGAGAUCCUGCCGAAUACUUACUACGCCAAGUGGGAAGCCGUCGUGGCCAGUCUUCAACCACUUUUGCUAAGCAAGCGCCUGCGAUCGGUAAUUGACCGUCUGCCUGUUCUCUCCACCACAUAUCUACGCACAGAUGCCGAAUGGCGCAGAGCAUACGUUGUGCUAGUGUUCUUGCUACACGGCUAUGUAUGGGGCGGUGAUCGUCCUGUCGAUAAAAUCCCUCCCCAGCUCACGAUUCCAUUGUUUGAAGUCUGUGAACGACUCGAGGUUCCCCCGGUAGCCACUUAUGCCGGCGUCUGUCUGUGGAAUUACAAGCCCAUCUUCCCCGACGAGCCAGCUGAUGAUGUGCACAACCUCGCUAGUAUACAGACCUUCACCGGCUCGCUGGACGAACAGUGGUUUUACCUCCUCUCAGUAGCCAUCGAGGCCCGCGGCGCACCCUCUAUCCCACUCAUGCUCGAGGCGAUCACAGCAGCACGUGUGGGCAAGGUCCGCGUGGUGACAGAGUGCCUGCAACGCCUAGCUGAAAUCAUCGACGAGACUAGCAGCCUGAUGCAGCGCAUGUUUGAAAACUGCGACCCGUAUGUCUUCUACAACUGCGUUCGACCCUACCUGGCUGGCAGCAAGAACAUGGGCGAUGCAGGGCUCCCAAACGGCCUGCUGUACGACGACGGCACUGGAACCACCGAGUACCGCCAAUACGGCGGUGGCAGCAAUGCGCAAAGUUCUCUCAUUCAAUUCUUCGACAUUGUCCUCGGAGUAGAGCACAGACCCACCGGCGUGUCUCGCAAGGAGCACGAUGCCACCGAGGACAGUGCCAAAUCUCGAAACAGCUUUAUACAUGAGAUGCGCGCGUACAUGCCUGGUCCGCACCGACGGUUUCUAGAGAAGAUUGACUCGAUUGCCAAUAUCCGUGAAUUUGUUGGCUCUCAUCGCUCGGACCCUGCUUUGCGACUUGCAUAUGAUGCAUGCUUGUCUAUGCUGCGCAGUUUGCGCGACAAGCAUAUCCAGAUGGUGUCGCGGUAUAUUAUUAUCCCGUCUCGUGCGGUGCGUCGCUCACAGAUUGCUGGACAGAGUGAUCAGACUGCUGGUUUGAACCUCGCAACUGCUGUUCCGACUGAUAAUAAGAAUAUUCGAGGCACGGGAGGUACAGCGCUCAUCCCGUUUCUGAAACAGGCCCGUGAUGAGACUGGUGAACCGUCUAUCAAUUUAUGGGCUCGAAGACUGCUCACUGAUGGCUCUGCAGUUGUGGGCUCUGCUGCCCUGAGCAAGGUUGGCGAGCAACCGGAUGGCCAUCUGGAGGUAGUGGGUCUUUGUGGGACCUGGACUGCUGACGACAGUGAAGGUGGAAUCUGCCACUGGUGA